AUGGCUGCUGUUGCCAGCGCAGCCAGCUUUCGUGUUGCUUCCGCGCCAGUGGACCGUCACUUGGCAGCUGAGCAACAAUACCGCGCGGAGAAAUAUGUCGGCCUACUCUAUCGGGGUGCAGCCCAAGAAGAAGGACCCACCCGCCGCCUCAAGGAAGAAGGCGAAAACGACGUUGUCGCUGCGGGUGCUGCUCCAGAAGAAGAAUACCGCCACCUGGAAGCCCAGCAAGACAAGGAGAGCGAACGCCGCCUCAGCUUCACUGAUGCUGCCGCGCCAGUGGACCGUCACUUGGCAGCUGAGCAAAGAUUCCAAGAGCUGAAACAUGUCGGCAUUUUGUCUCGGGGUGCAGCCCAAGAAGAAGGACCCACUCGUAGCCUGACCGACUACCUCUUUGUGCCCGUGCUGCCCAGUGCGCACAUUCAGAACGAAGAAGGGGACAUCCGCGCCGGCCAAAAGCCAUCCAGCGGCUUCUUUGAACUUCCGGACUAA